GAAAAAUCUUUGCGAAAACGAUUCGAUUUCGGAAAAGAAACUUUUUCGAAUCGACGAAAGUAAAAAGAUUUGCAUAAAUCAUUACGAAAUGAAAUUUUCUUUGUCUCUCUUUAAUUACCGAAUAUCAAAAUAUUACAAAAUGAAAGUGAAAUUGGACUCGUGAAAAGGAGAAGUUUUCAGAUUCCGACUCGCAUAUAUCUAUCUCGAAAAAUAAAUAUAUUAUCGUUUUAAUUCGAAUAUAAUGAGCGUAAUAAACAUCUCGUAUAAGAAAAUUUCAGAAAAUACCCUGACGUUGUGGAUGUAUCCUCCGUGCUUAUCUUAUCUCACGAAUUGACACGGUGUCUCUCGUUGUAGCUCUCCGUAGUUUCGUUCAGUUUUCUUCUGGGAUCAGCCCGAUGUGUAACGUGAAAUUGCACGCACGCUUUCAAAUUGAUUGAUCCACGUUCGAAUUGAUUAAUUUCUAUAAUAUACAAGCACGAUGUUUUAAUCUUGCCUUCGCUUCGAGAAGAUGUAAUCGCGAUUCCCAUCGUUUCAUCGAGAUAACUUUCCCAUUGAGAAUACGUGACCGUUUUGAAGUUUUCAAUGCUUCGUCCAUUUUUCGAGAAAUCACGUAUGAAACGGCAGAUAUCCCGGAAUGUCGGGAGCGAACCGACUUGGAGAGCGAAUAUCGUGAUUUUCCUGAGGAAAAGUUGUGGAGCCCGAGCGAAGACGUUGAUAAGUGGUUCCCCGACUAUAACGUUAUGGCGCGUUCUGUUUUAACGUUCGUACAGGAACGUCAGAACAUUAGCAACGAGGAAGCUAUGGAAAACGCCUGCUCAGGUUACGCUGAGCAGUAUAUUAGUGAUGUUCUUCAUAAUUCUGAAUAUAAGCCGGAAGUGGCAUUGAAAAAAUUAUUAAACAAAGAGCUGCCACGGAAGAUCGUUGAGAAAUGGACCGAGGAAGAUGUGAAAAUCUUCGAGAGAGGUUUCUUAUCUUAUUGGUCCAACUUUGGGAUAAUUCAGAGGAAGCUGCUUCCACACAAGAAUGUGGAGGACAUCGUAGAGUUUUAUUAUGUGUGGAAACGGACCGAAGCCGGAAGAAAAUUGAAGCGUUCCUGUAUCCGCCGACCUAAACGGUUCACCAUGCGCCGUAUUUCUGCGGAAUUGUCAACGACCAAGAUCCUGAGUCCCGUUCAUAUAAUCUCGAGGAGAAAAGUUGCCCCAAAAAAGAAAGGGAAGAAAAAUAGUAAAUUGGUGAAGAAAUCUUCGAAAUCUUCGAAAGCGAAAGAGAAGACGGAAGAAAAAAAAUGUUCGGCCGCUAAAAAAUAACAAUCCUUACACCACGAUUCACACUACUUUCAAG